GACCUCUAUACUCUUAUAGUAAUUGAAACGUAAAGACUCGACUCCAGUACAGAGAGACUCUAUAGUCUAUACAAGGAGCAAGAUUUAUCUGGUCUGCCAUCUGUUACCUACCUAUUCACCUUCACCUCCACCUUACCUUCACCGAACUGACCGAAGCCCCGACCGUGUCCUGGCUUACCGGAUACCCGGACCCGGACUUGACCCGAAGAUCGGGGCCGAGCCCCACCUAUGUCCACCAAGUCGGAGAUUUUCAUCGGCAAAACCUAGAGGCUAACAAGUUCUGAGUAUGGUCUUGAAAAAAAGCCCGCAGGACCCCCGUAAGCCGAUUGUCGCUCGGACUUUCUCUUGUCUUUCUUCCUUUCUUUGUGUCUCGACAACGGACAUGACUUUCGGGAAUCGGGAAUGCCGCAUCGGUGUGAGUCGUGACACUGCACACCGGAUACCAUGGCGUCGGAUAUCCAGAAAAAACACCCGACGAUGCCCGAUGCCACGGCCACCACCCGAACCCGCUCCAACUCCACCCUCUCGUCCCCGCUCCCGCCCCCGCCCGACGGCGGCCUACGAGCCUGGACCCAAGUCGCCGCAGGCUGGCUAGUCCUCUUCGCGACCUGGGGCUACCUCAACUCCUUCGGCUCCUUCCAAUCCUACUACACCGCCACCGCCCUCCCCACGCACUCGCCCUCGUCCAUCUCGUGGAUCGGCUCCGUGCAGGCCUGCCUCACCACCGCCAUCGGCGCCUUCACCGGCCGCCUGCUCGACGCGGGCUACUUCCGGCCCACCUUCGCCAUCGGCGCCGCGCUGCAGCUCACGGGCAUGUUCGCCAUGAGCGCCGCCUCCGACGGCGACUCGCCCAAGUACUGGCACCUGAUGCUGACGCAGGGCGUCCUCUCGGGCGUGGGCGCGGGGAUCCUCUUCACCCCGAGCAUGGCGCUCGUGGCCACCUGGUUCGGCAAGCGGAGGGGCUUGGCUAUCGGGCUGGCUACGACGGGCAACUCGAUGGGCGGGAUCGUGUAUCCCGUGAUUGUGCAGCAGCUGAUCCCCCGCGUGGGCUUCGCCUGGACAGCGAGGGCGCUGGGGUUCGUGAACCUGGCGUGCUUCGGUCUGGCGCUGGCCCUGAUGAGGACGAGACUGCCGCCUCGCCGCUCUGGUCCCGUCAUCGACUGGUCGGCCUUUGGUGAAGGGGUGUACGUUGCGUACGUUGCUGCGCUGUUCUUCUUUUGUUGGGCCAAUUACUAUACCUUCUACUAUAUUGCAUCCUUCGGAAUCGAAAGCCUGGGCCUCUCGUACGGCGACGCGGCCUUCCUCGUCGUGAUCGUCAACGGCGCAGGCCUCCCCGCCCGCAUCCUCGUGCCCAUGCUCUCGGACCGCAUCGGACCCUUGAACGUCAUGUCCAUGUCGAUGAUUUGUAUUGCCACCGUCAUCACGUGUUGGCUCGCCGUCAGCGACAUCCCGGGGCUCUACGCCUUCACCGCCGUCUGCGGUCUCGUGUCGGGCGCCGUGCAGAGUCUCAUGCCGACGACGGUGGCCAGCAUCACCAGGCGGCUCGACACGGUGGGCACCCGGUUGGGCAUGUGCUUCAGCAUUCUGUCGGUGGCGUCGCUUACGGGCCCGCCUAUCGGUGGUGCGCUGCAGUCGGCGAGCGGCGGCAGCUUCACUGGUGCGCAGGCCUGGGCGGCUGUUUCGGCUCUCCUCGGCGCUGCGUUUGUCGUUCUGGCGAGGGGGUUCCGAGUUGGGUGGAAGCCGAGAGAGAAGUGCUGA